GCCAAAGAGCGGAGGGCGGAAGCUACCUGGUCCGCUGGAGGGCCACGCGCAUCUUCAGACUUGCCCGAGCUGCGUCGAAGGUGCUCUCUAAAUCAGAACAGGGAAACGCACGACAAAAACUACAAACAUGUUUUCAUGGAUCCUUCUCAGCCUCUCACUCUCACUGAAUUUAUGGUUCUGUGAGGCAGCAUUAACUACUCAACAAGAAGCACCACAUAAUAUUAUGGAUCAAACCAACAUCAACCCUGAAGUUGUAAAACUUCUGGGCAGAAUUAAAUAUGCUGCUCGAAGCUGCAAAGAAAUUCGUGAGAAGUAUCACGUUUUUGAUGACGGCCUGUACUAUCUGGUCUCCUCAAGAGGAGUCCUUUACCAGACGUUCUGUGAUAUGACCACUGCCGGCGGCGGCUGGACGCUGGUGGCCAGUGUUCAUGAAAACAACAUGUUUGGAAAGUGUACUGUUGGGGAUCGCUGGUCUAGUCAGCAGGGCAGCAACCCAAACUGGCCUGAGGGUGAUGGGACAUGGGCAAACACAGUCACAUUCGGAGCUGCAGAAGCUGCCACAAGUGAUGAUUAUAAGAAUCCUGGAUAUCACGACAUUGUAGCACAGGACAUAUCUGUGUGGCAUGUUUCUAAUAAUAUUGAGCUGGAACACUGGAAAACUGCCUCCAUCCUGAGAUACCACACUGAAAACCACUUCUUAACCUUACACGGAGGAAACCUUUUCAAUUUAUUCAAGAAAUUUCCUGUGAGGUUUGGAAUGGGCACAUGCAUCGUUGAUAAUGGACCUGCAAUUCCAAUAGUGUAUGAUACUGGAAAUGCAAUGUCAAACAAAUAUCUGUAUGGUCCUCAUUCAAGAGGAAUAUUUGAGCCAGGAUUCAUCGCAUUCAGGGUCUUCAAUAACGAAAAGGCAGCUAUGGCUUUUUGUUCAGGCGUUAAACCAACUGGUUGUCACACCGAGCACUUCUGUAUUGGUGGAGGUGGACACUUUCCUGAGGCCGACCCUAGACAGUGUGGGGACUUUACAAGCUACGACUGGGAUGGUUAUGGUACUAAUGCAGGAUGGAGUGCUUCCAAAGAGAUUAACUGAAGCAGCUGUAUUUCUGUUUUAUCGUUGACACCCUGAUUGGUCUAAUGUUUUACAUUAGAUUGCACCUGAAUGUUACAUACACAAUUACUUUCAAAAAUGUAUUUCAUUACAAUAUAUAUCCUUUAUUAAUCUUUACUUUUAAGAAUGCAUUUGCAUAAGGCGUUUGUCACUGAUGAAAAAUAGCCAUAUUAUUUACAUCUAACAUACUUUCAGUGUUCAUUUUUUUUAUAAUUGUUUUAAAGUGGAACAAAUGUAUACUGUUUCAAUAAAACCAAUACUUAUCAACAA